AUGGCCGGCGGCGGCAUCCGUGCGGGUGCGGAGGGCUACAAGCUGUGCGCGGCCAUGGUGGCGUCGCAGUGCAUCUUCGCGGCAAUGACGCUGUGGGUCAAGGCAGCGUUCGGGCGGGGCAUGAGCCCCAUGGUCUUCGUCGUCUACAGGCAGGCCGUCGCCACCCUCGUCCUUGCCCCGAUAGCCAUCAUCGCCAAUCGGGCGAGGCUGAAGGAGAUGAGACUGGGAAUGAAAGCUUUCUUUUUGGUGUUUCUGGCGGCUUUGUUUGGAGCUACAGCGAAUCAGAACCUGUGCUACCAAGGGCUGCACCUGGGGACGUCGUCGCUGGCCACGACCAUGACGAAUCUCAUACCGGCGAUCACCUUCGUCAUGGCAGUAGCCGUUGGGCAAGAAACAGUGAACAUCAGAGAAGUAAGUAGCACGGCUAAGAUCUUAGGCACGGCUGUCUGCGUGGGAGGAGCCAUCACCAUCGCGUUCUUCAAAGGUCCGAAGCUGCCGAGGGAAUUUGUCAGUGACCCGUUCAUGCUUCUGCAUGAGUUCAGCAGCAACAACUGGGUGAUGGGUGCGCUCUUCCUCGUCGGCAGCAGCUCCUGCUGGUCCUUGUGGCUCAUAUUGCAGGGUCCUAUCUGCCAACGGUACGUGGAUCCUCUGUGCCUGUCGGCCUGGACCUGCUUCCUCUCCACCCUACAGUCCGCCGUGGUCGCUUUCUUCCUGCUGCCGGACCGUAGCGCGUGGAGGAUCCACUCGCUCUUCGAGCUCUCCUGCUACGUCUUCGCGGGCGUGUUCGGGUCGGGCGUGGUGUUCUACCUGCAGUCGUGGUGCAUCUCCGUAAGGGGCCCUCUCUACUCCGCCAUGUUCACCCCGCUCUGCACCGUGCUCACCACCGCGCUCUCCGCCGCCAUUCUCCACGAAGAGCUGCACAUCGGAAGGCACGCUCUCUCCUUCUCUGAAAGACAGACAUUGUUCCUUCAGUUCUCUGGCGUUCUCAUCAAGCGACCAAACCGUUUUUGCAUCAGGGAGUGCUGA